GAGUCUAGGUAUCUUAUGACACUUAAGAGAUAUGUACAUAAUCAAGCUCGCCUGGAGAGCUCUAUUGCAGAGGGGUACUUCGUUGAAGAAUGCAUGACAUUCUGUUCUAGGUACUUGGAUGAUGUUGAAUCCAAGUUAAAUCAACCUGUGAGGAAUGAUGAUGGAGGUGAUGCGGGUCAAGUAGGGGACCUUCCUAUAGGAAAGCAUGAAAAGUUUUCUCUUAAUCUCCUACAAAAGACACAGGCUCAUCGAUAUAUCCUGUUUAACACUGAAUCCAUCACUCCGUAUCGAGAGAAGCACUGUGAAUUUCUUAAACAACGUAAUCGUCGGAUUCGAGAUCGUGAACUUGAACGCCUUCACCAUGAAACGUUUCCCAUUUGGUUUCGAACCCACGUCCACAAGUUACAACUUGAGGGGUCCGAAGAAGUAUCAGAUGAGGUUGCAAUUCUGGCGAUGGGUCCUCGUGACACAGCAAUUAGAUUUAGUGGCUAUAUUAUCAAUGGGGUUAGAUAUCACACCAAAGAGCGUGAGCUUAAAAGGAAAACACAAAAUAGUGGAGUUAUGUUGAAGGCAAAGACUAGUAGUUAUUCGAGCGCCAGAGUUAUGAAUCCUCAAGAAGGAGAUGUCACAUAUUACGGAAGGAUCACAGACAUGAUUGCAAUGUCACAUAGACGUGCCGCUACACUAGAGGAUCCUGUUGAGCAUGGGAGGAUGCGUGAGCCACCACGUACAUGGUAUCUGAUUGGCAGCAACCUCAACUCGUCCUCCCAAGGUGAGACUAGAUCACUUUCAGAUGGCUCAUCAUCGGAAGUUGGUAACUCUUCAACGCAAACCCGAGGGAGAGGUCUGUCAUUGAUGAAUGCAUCAUGGAGUACGGGUAAUAUCCCAAUAAAGAUUGUACUAAAUGAUAGGGGACAACCUGUAAUGCCUGAAGCAUCUUCUCUUGCCACUAAUUUGGAGGUGUUGGUGAGGGAUGGUUCCCUUCUACCAUUGCACUAUACAGAUUGGCGAUAUGUCCCUGUGCACUACAAGAAGAGAGUAUGGGAAGAAAUCAAGGCUCAUACAAAUACAAAUGAUUCUAUGGAGAGGUGGUUCAUGCAAUCUCUUGGAAGGAAAUGGCAAGGAUGGAAAUGUGAAGCAAAAAAACAAGGAUACGCGCCAUAUAAUAAUGAUGCAGACAGAAUAGUUCAUAGGCCUAGUAGAGUUACAGAGGUGCAGUGGCGGUGUUUGGUCUAUUAUUGGAAUGAUAGAGAUGUAAAGGAGAAGAGUAUAAACAAGAAGGAUUACGGGUCCCAACAAAAAUUACUACACACAAGUGGGCGGACACCACAUUAUUUGGUUGAGCAGAAGGACAAGGAUGACGGAAAAAACCCUACGCGUAUUGAUACAUUUAUCAAAACACAUACACGAAAAGGUGGUGGAGCAGUUAAUGAAGAAACUUCUGCUAUCGUUAACAAAUUGAAAGCGUUGCGAUGCCAAGAUGGGUCUAGUUCACAUCCCAUGUCAGAGGGUGUGAUUUUCAGUCAAGCUAUAGGACCUGAGCGACCCGGGCGUACUCGAGGGCUAGGCUUAGGAGCAACUAAGAGUAAGCUGCUUGGUGCGAAGAAUAAAGAUAAGGCACCGUCCCAAUCAUCCACCAAACGUGAUCGAGAGUUUAUGAAGAUGAAAUCCGAAGUGCAAAAGAUGAAAAGGUUCUUAGAAGCUAUGGGUUACACAGAUGACAAUUCAGAUGAAUUCAAUGAGGCACCCGACGAGAAUGUACCAUAUUCAUUUUUCAUGAAUUAAUAUACUGAAUAUUGCAUUUGUUCCUUAUGGCAUUUUCUUUGUUAAACUUGACUUUAUAUGCACUUAAUUAUUAACAGCAUACGGUGCCUCUAGCACGCACCGUGAAAUGACAAUUGGCAAUAACCAAGCAAGUCCAGAAGAGAUAAAUCUGGCACACCGGUCGCAGCCAGAACCAACUCCAUUUCCACAACCAAAUCAACAGGCUGAUUCUCAUCAUCAGUGCAAGCCGGGAUCUACGGCUGCUGCUGACCUUGCCAUGUGGAAGCAAGCUGAGGCAAGUCGAGAUGCUCGCAAGGUUUAUCAAAGUUAAAGACGGUGUAGAAUCAAGUGGCUACUUGACGUAAUGUGAUGUUUGUCUACUAUGGUGGUACCAAGACCUAAUGUUAUGUUCAUCUAUUAUGGUGGAUUUUUUGUUUUUUGGAAAAUAUUUGGUUGAAUGUAGUAAAGAUAUUGAAAGACGACAAUGGGUUAUGGCAGGAAACUCUAUUUUGACAUUAGUUGUGCUAUGAGAUGUUUAAUACUUUGAGAGCAUAUAUGUUAGAUGUGCUUGAGAAGUUGUAUGCUGUAAAUUAGUUAAUUGGACGCGAAAAAUGGUGCAAUAGGGUUAAAUUCUCUAAUUUAAUUCAGUGAUAUAUUACCGGCA